GUCUUCUGGAGGACCGUCUGCUGGUGAAGGUGGUGAAGGACAGGCUGAUGUCCAACCCGUGCAGGAACCAGGGCUUUGUUCUUGAUGGCUUUCCAAAGACAUAUGAACAAGCUAAAGAGCUCUUCUACUCUGAAGAACAGGAAUCAGAAGACGGAACAUCCCAGAUGUCUUCAUUCAGCAGGAAGAUUAUGCCAGAGUGUGUGCUGAGUCUGGAUGUGUCGGAUGUGUUCCUUAAGGAGCGGGUGAUGAACCUGCCUGAGAGGUUGGUGCAGGAGCACAGCUACGAGCAGGAGCACUUCCUGCUCCGCCUGGACAGACACAGAGAGAACAACAUGGAGGAUGAAAAUGUGGGGAACUACUUUGAUGAGCUGGACACCACCCCUCUGUACCUGGAGAUCAGCAGCAGCGAGGAGCCGGACUGCCUGCUGCUGAUGCAGAAGAUCCUGGACACACUGGGCCAGCCCAGGAACUACGGCCCCAGCUGCAGGGAGGUGGAGGAAGAGGAGAGGAGGAAGGCUGAGGAGAGGAUGAAGAGAGAGGAGCAGGAGAGGGCGGAGCAGGAGAGGAGGGAGGAGGAGGAGGCCACAAACAGGGCUGCAAGCUGGGACCAGUGGGUGGGUACUGCAGGAGAAGGUAACACACCUUCACAAAACAAAUACUGUUCCAUCACGAGACUGAGCCAUGAUCAACGUGUUUAUACCAAAGCUGAGAAUGCAGCAGACAGAAGAAAAAACAAAUGUCACAAUAAACCACUCUAUUAUUCCCCAUUCACAAUAUCUCUUAUGUAA